UAUAGAGGGGUCCUGGGGAUGAGACUUUGAGGAGACAAACCCCUCUGUGCCCCCAAAUUUGUCAGGAGAGAGAAAAACAACCCAAAACAUCAACGCCAAAAUCAACAACAACAAAACCUUUCGGAAGGGAAAAAAAGAAAAAGAAAAAGGAAAAACAGAGAGAAGCAAAAAAACAGUAGAGAGGAGGAGAUAGUAAAAUAGUAUUGUGCCUCUUCUUCUUCAAUCAAUCCCAUGAAUCCUCACAAGACAGAAGAUCUCUUCCACCAUCAUUUCCAUCACCACCAUCACCACCAUGAUCUGGGCCCACCACCUUCCCAGAUCAUGCAAUCUCCGCCGUCCAUUUCCCUCAACCCCGACGACGUCGUCCUCGACGACCCCGUCUUCCCCCCUCUCCCCGAAAUCGAACUCUUCCGCUCAUCCUCCUCCUCCCCUUCUCACUCCUCCGACGAAAACGACGACGUCCCAAACCCUAACCCCAACCGCCCCGACCCCAACUCCGACCCGAAAUCCCAACCCUUUUACAUCUCCCCGGAGCCCCACAUCUCGACCCAGUUCUACACCUUCAACCCGGAGUCCCAUUCCCUCAUGAUCAAGUGCCUUCUCGAGGCCCGCCUCGCCACCCCGGCCGAGAUCCGGGCCGCCACGCCCCGACCUGUUCUCAAGUCCUGGAGGGUCGUCUGGAAGGACCGCAACGAGGACACCGCUUACGUCACCGCAUGGAAGCGCAUCCAGGACAAGCUCGCCGCCCAUGUCGACCAAAACGGUAACGAAUUCUUGUGUUUCAAGAACAACAACCAGCAAUUCGUUUCGCACAUUAAUCAGUGGCAGGACAUUGUUAUGAGUUUUCAUAGCGACACUGACUUGAAACACUUGGCGUUGAAGGAAACCAUUGAUAGGAUUAAGCAGGUUUGGACUGUAGGUGCUAAGUUUUAUGGCAUUCCUGAGAGUUACAUUAGGGUUUGUGUUGCUGCUUGCCCUGUGUGCUCCUCGGAGAAUUCGGGCCUCUCCGGGAGGAGCAAAAGGCGGCGUUUUGAGUAUACUGAGUCCUUUGAUGUGCCUGCUAAAGAGGUGCCCACUAGGCUUCAGCAAUUGGCUGCUAAGCAUAAGGUGGUGUUGUGUAUAAGGCAGAAGUAUAUUAGGUAUAAGCCCUUUAUGGCUGAGGUUAAGGACUAUGCUUGUCAUAGGGCAGGGGAGCCUGCAGCUAAGAAGUCAAAGAUUUUGAAGAGGGAGCCCUAUGCUUCUAAAAGGUGUGGCUGCGGCUUUCGAAUUAGGGCCAUUGUUCCAAUUGCGAAUUACAAUGAGAAGGACAAGACUUUUGUGUAUCAGGAAGAGGGGAUGGCGGUGUUUAAGCUGUAUGCUGUGCACUCGGGGCAUGAGCCAGGUCCGUUGGAUGGGAAUGCAAGGAUUAUGCAUCGGGUUGUGGGGCACAAAGGUGGGCUUUUGAUGGAUCAGGAUACUGUUUACGGUGUGAGUGAGGAAUUGGACAAUGAUGGGUUUGGGCUGUUGGGGAAGGAUGAAGGGGACAUGCAGUUUUUGGUUUUGCAGCAGGUGCAGGAAUUGAGAGCUGAAGUUGGGCAGUUGGAAGAGAAAAUUGUGAAAUUGCCGCAAGAGCUUUUGGGUUCAGUGUCUCGAGAUUUGUUUGAUCUUGUGAAUAAAGUUAGACAAAUAGGAGAGGAGAGUUCAAAGCCAAUGGAUUUGCUACCAGACAAGACGCUUGCAGAUGAUAUUUUGGUCGGGGAUAAUGAUUUGGCACAUUGGAGUGAUCACCAUCACGAACGUUUAUAUGGAGAUGGCAAGGACGCUGAUUUGAUCGAGGAUGAUGAAGACAGUUUUGGGCGAACUCUUGGGGAUGCUGUCCCCUGGGAACAGCUGAGGGCAGACUGUAGGAGUCCGAAGGAUCUGAUAGGUGACCCUUGCAAGCCAGAAAAGUGGUUGAGAUGCAGUGACUUUGAUGAGAAGAGCAUCCUUAAUUGCGAGGAUACUAAACUAACCAAGUCCUUAAGACAUGAUGAGGGUAUAGCAGGAGAUGUAGGUCUUGUUGGUAUACAGGUUGAUAGCUUCUAUCAAGGGAGUUCUAAAUGGUUUGAUUCUCCUUGUGGAUUGGACCCAGGUGCAGAUUGUGGGGAUAGUGCAUUCAGGAACGGGGAGAUUGUUUAGUCUCUUGAAGAGCUGGUUAAGCCUUUCUAACAUAGUUAUGGGUGUAUAUUGUCCCUUUCUCAAGCCGGAAGUGGGUUGUACAUGUAUGUAUACAGAAGAUUGGAGCCUCAGACAGACUUGUAGGUUCCUUUACCUCGUGUUGCUUGUAAAGUAUAGCCAAUUGGGCUUCUCUGCACAUAACUUAUUCAGAACUAUUUGUUAACCAUGUUCUGGGCAUUCAGAAUUUUCAGAGUGGUUCGUUUUUACAAUGCAUAUCGGCUUUUAUUGAAAUUUCUCUAUACCCAGUGUAAUCGUUUUUCAACUUCUGUUAUAGGAUUUUUUGCUUUUUGCAGUGUGCCUUGGCUUUCUCUUUUUUAGUGCUUCUUUAUAGUCCCCUAAAUUCUGAAAGAACUCUACAUACUGCACCUGUAUGUUCACGCAUUUAAACACUCUCACUUUGUG